ACUAAAACCUUUAGAUCAGAUGACCGAUAUUAUAUAAUUGCACAUGUCUUUACCAGCAAUUAUUCAACAACCUCAGAAAAACAUGCGACAUUUCUUCAACAACACUCACGUAAGCUAGGGAGGAGAGAGACUUUGUUUUAAUAGAGGAUAAUACUCGGUGCUGAAUUGGCUGUCUUGAAACUGUAGAGGACAUUUAAGAGUCUGGAAAUAUGUAUAUGUAACCGUGCGUCUGUCACCGAAUGAAUUCUUCCUGGGUAACUGUGUGAUCAGCAGUGCUGAGGAAUAGAUCGAGUGAAGAAAUGUUAGCAUGAUUCUCUUCGUCAGCCAGUUUAUGCUUCUUGUAACAUGCAUAAGAGCGUAUGAAAAUUUAGCACUACGGAGACCAGCAUGGCAGCAAAGUGAGUAUCCUGAUAGAGACUGGGGAGCAGAGAAGGCAGUUGACGGAAAAUACACUGACCGCUCAUCAGGAGGAAACCAAUGUACUAUAUCUAAUAAUGGUCAAACAACAGCGAUGUGGAGAGUGAACCUGGAGAGUGUGGUCAGCAUCAGCCAUAUUGACAUCUACUACAGGACGGACAAAUUGCCGAGUCCUAGUGAAUACACUACGCGGUUUGCUGGAUUUUACCUCUACGUAUCCAACACUACGUCAAAGGAUGACGGUCAUCUGUGUUUCCAUGAAAUACAGAAUGUGAACGGUACACCAGUAGAGAACCAGACGAUAAGCUGUUCUGUUCAUGGACAAUAUGUUAUAUACUACAACGAACGGAAACAGGGUGUUAACUAUCCUAGUUUCUACUCACCAAACGCAUUUAAUGAACUGUGUGAAUUGGAAGUUUAUGGAUGUCCCGACCCAAAAUAUUUUGGAGUGAAUUGCGAUCAACCGUGUCCCGACGGAUGUCAAGAAAAAAGGUGUGACGUCAUUACGGGCCAUUGUCUGGGAUGUAUACCGGGUUAUCAAGAUCCUCGCUGUACCAAGGUAUGUGAUGCACAAACAUACGGACUGGAGUGUUCUUCAUCAUGUGGUAACUGUAGUGAUGGAGAAACAUGUCACCAUGUCAACGGCAAGUGCCCACAGGGAUGUGAUGCGGGAGUGCACGGGGAGAAAUGCAAGAAUCCUUGUCAAACUGGAUCUUAUGGGAAGAACUGCGGUCAGAAUUGCAGUGAGAACUGUAACGUGACAAACCACUGUAACAGAUUUACAGGGGAGUGUGACGGAGGCUGUAAACCUGGAUGGAAGAUGCCAACAUGUCAGCAAGAAUGUGGCGGUGGGAUGUACGGCACAGCCUGCAGACAGAGAUGUGGUCAAUGUCUAGACAACGAACAGUGUCACCAUAUUAACGGCAUGUGUUUGAAUGGUUGUUCUUCAGGAUAUCAGGGAGGGAACUGUGAAGAGACUUGUGAUGAGAAGUUCUGGGGAGUCGGCUGUAGAAAAAAUUGUAGCUCAAAUUGUGUAAAUGAGACCUGUCAACAUGACACUGGUGUGUGUCAUCAGAAUAAAUUUACAGCUCUCCCUCCAGACAAGGGAUCGUCAGCGGUACCAGUCGUCGCUGGAAUCAUCGCCGCUGUCUUUGUCAUCAUCAUCAUCUUAGUGAUGUUUUUCUUUAGAAGAGCAAGAUCACAGGGCAAAGAUAAAGCAGAGUCCCCGCAGAGUGAGGAUAGAAGAGUACUGCAAACAAAUGUAAAAUCACAAUCGAGAGCAAGUAGCUCAGAAUUCAACAACCUUUAUGCGAACACAAGUGAUAAUAAAACUGAUAACAAUGAUUCACAAAGAGUAAACAAUGCAAGCUUGGAUAAAUCAGAAGCGAAUACAAGAGAAGACGACGUUGACAUCGACGAGAAAGUUCACGAAGAAAAUCCUUACGGAGACUUGGAUAUCAAAGAAGAAAUAAUUCCAGACAUCCUGUUAUCAAAGCUGGAGGCAGCCAUUGAAGAGAAACGGAGGGAUGAAGAUGAUGGUUUUAAGAGGGAGUAUGCAAAUCUGCCUUAUGGAGAGAGAUUUCCUUGUAACAACGGUAAACUGCCAGAAAAUAUAACAAAGAACAGAUUCAAGACUACGUUUCCUUACGACCAUUCUCGCAUCCAACUAAAAACGACUCCGUCUGACUAUAUCAAUGCCAACUUCAUUCACGGCGUUGAGAGGAUGAAUGAAUACAUUGCAUCACAAGGUCCUAAGCAAAACACACUGUCAGACUUCUGGACAAUGAUUUGGCAGGAGAACGUGAGACAAAUCAUCAUGCUGACUAACCUGAGGGAGGGUAAUAAGGCAAAAUGCGUGCAGUACUGGGCGGACAUCGACGUACCUGCUACGUUUGGAGUGUUUUCUUUACGUACAGUAGAAGAGAAACAUUACGCGUUUUAUAUAAUCCGAACGUUCAGGGUCACUAAUAAUGAGUUAAAAAAGACACACAUGGUGACACAGUAUCACUACACCGCCUGGCCGGAUCACGGGACACCGGAACCGCUCUGUCUUGUCAAUUUCCAUGAUCACGUGACGAGAACCAAAGAUAAAGCUGAUGUCGGUCCAACAUUGGUACAUUGCAGUGCUGGUAUCGGUCGCACGGGAACAUACAUCGCUAUAGACGCUUUACAUUGGGCUGGCAAGAAAGAUAAGAAAAUAAACAUUGCAGAAUACGUGAAGAAGAUGAGAGAGAACAGAAUGAACAUGGUGCAGACAUAUGAGCAAUACAGAAGCAUUUUUCUGGCUCUGAAUGAUAUGGUAAAAGCACCAACAGCUGUCCAGAAGAAAACGCAGUUUGUCCAAAAAGCAGAGGAAAUUCAGAAUGACAAACCGGUGAAUCAAAGUGACCUUGGUAAAGAAUUCCAGACUCUCAUGAAAGUGAGACCUUCCUAUACGGAUGCAGAUUACAAGUUCGCACUACAAUCAGGAAGCGACAGAACCAGAAUUCUCCCACUUGACAAAUACAGUCUCUAUCUCUCCUUUAGUGGAGGAAAGCGCGGGAACUACAUCAAUGCUAUCUCUGUUCCUUCUUACGACAACCAAGACGCGUUUGUUGUAACUCAGUAUCCGCAGAUAGGGGACGCUGUGGACUUCCUGCGACUGCUCACUGAUCAUGAAUUAGACACCGUGAUAUGCCUAGACGCCAUGAGAGAAGUGGAAUCCACCACGAAAUGGCUACCAAGCAAGAAUAGUUCAAAAUCCGUUACUCCAUUUACUGUCCAUUGUCAUCAAGAAGAGUCAACGGACGUACAAUCUACCACACUUCAUGUUGUUAAAGAAGGGACAAAUGUCGAAGCCCGAUCUAUUACGAUUGUUGAGCCACAACUCCAAUUGCAAGCAGGGCGGGGAACAACACAGAUGCUAAGUCUUUUGAGAUUCGCUCUUAGCAGUAGAGCUGAAGGACCCAUAACUGUUGUCAGCAGAGAUGGUGCAACUCUUUGUGGUGUGUUCUGUGCCGCACAUAAUGUUCUACAACAGUUGUCGAUGGACGGGGAGGUCGACAUUUUCUCUGCCGUCCGGCAACUCCACGUCAGACGUCCAGAACUCUGCUCUAGUUUGGCAAAGUACAGGAUGAUCCACGAUGUUGUAUUGCACUACAUCCGGUCACGUGAAGGUCACUUAGAGGAGAAUAUAUAUUCAAACCAGUGACUGACAAACUGUAUAAAAGAUGUAAAAGAUUGAUCGCGGAACCACAGAGCUGUGUACAAUAAACAAACCCCAGAACACGUGUGAAUGUGUAUUUGAUUGUGAACAUUUAUUUGGCGAUUAUAACUAAAUUGUAACUAGACUGUAACUACACUGGUUACCUGUGCAAUAUAGGACACAAUAUAAGAUACUUACUUAUACCAAAAAUAACUUAUUCCAAAAAGUCGAACCGUAACAUACGGAGAUCGGUGUUUCAGAACAAUAGCUCCAAAACUGUGGAAUGCCCUUCCAGAACAUGUAAGGGACUGUAGAACACUGUGUGCAUUCAAGAAGUCACUGAAAACACAUUUUUUCCAUCAAGUUUUCCAGGACUAGUUUCUAUCAUUUCAGUCAAUCGUGUAGGUUAGAUUCUGUGAAAAACUGUGAAAACUAAAGACUGUGUGUCUUAGCAUUCGAGUACCAUUUUGAGAUGUUUUAUAAAAAAAACCAAAAAAAAAAACCCAAUUAUUUUAAUACGCCCUGAAACUGAUGUUUAUUCUUAUCUAGCAUAUUUAUGGUAUCUUGUGUUUUCAUGUUUUAUAUGUACAAUGAGGAUAGGUACAGCUUUUAAUGUUUUAUUUAUUUUCUAUGUAUUAUGUGUAUAACAUUCUCUUGUAAGGUAUAUAUGCAUUGUAAAGCACCUUUGAGCGUACAUAGUGUAUGAAAAGGGUGCUAUAUAAAUAUGGUAUUAUUAUUUAUUUCAUAAUAAAUGUAUUGUAUGCCAUAUAUGUAAAUAGGAUAUAAUGAAUUGAACAUAAAUAUAUUGAUGCAAUUUUAUAUUGGACGGCAAUAAUUACAAUACUGUAGAUAUUGGUAGACAAAACCAACAUGUUGCAUAAUUCAGCGCUUUUGUUCAAUUUCUAAGGAAACGUUUUGAUCGAAAAUGGAGAUGCUGACAAAAGAAAGAAAUUUUGUUUAUAAAAAUGUAGCAUUUUACCAAUAAAUAUCGCAAUCUUUUUGUAAAUGGAAAUAUUGGAGAAACGUUUGAAAUAAAGAAAACGAUGGAAAUCCUUAAGUACAGCUUAAGAAUUUUGAAAUGCCCCAAAAUGGAUUACUUUCGAAAAGUAGUAAGUUUUGUGAUAAACAUAGGUAAUUUCUUUGUUUUCUUACAUUGUUAUUAUAUUUUUAUUUGCAUGGAAUAAUAAACUAAAAAAAAUCACAA